AACUGUCAUUGUUUUGUGUUUUAUUUAUUUGUAAAAAUUGUAAACAAUGUAGAAAUUUGAUUUAAUUGUUUAUUUUUUGUUUUUAAUAAUUUAUUUUAUUUUGUAAAUGAACCACAAUAAUUCUUCGAUAUGGUCUCAUCUCCGGUACAAAACAUAGGUGACUUCCUAAAAAAUCGUCCUCCCUUAGUUUUGUUUCUUUUUUGCUUGGUGGCUCUUGCGGUCUCAACUUUUUAUUUUGCUUUUGAAAUUGAAAAAGAUGGGCCUACCAUAGACAGUAAUAAGGAACAUGACUGGAUGAAAAUGCUCAAACACUUUAACAUGUUAGACUACUGUGUUAACUCCUCAUCUUGGACAAAUGAAAUACUUGUCAGAGAAGAAGAGGAGCAGUUUAAGACUGAAGUAUCAGUACUUACCUCUGUAACUGUUGAAGACAAUAAUAUGUUAAAACCAUACUCUGCAGUGUAUGGAUCCUUAACAUUGGAUGGGUGGUAUUCUACAACUUGUGAUGAUUCUACCAUUCAGCCAAAGCAAGUGGGAAUCUUUUUUGAUGUACCUUUAACAAAUUUAGUUACGAAUGGGUCCAUAGAUAUUUGUGUUACUAUUAAAGGUCCAGCUGAGUUUUUGCCAAAGUUAAAAGAGCCAUUAUGCAAACCAGCAGAAUCCACUAAAAUUACUGGAGCAAAGGCUGUUAAAGGAUAUAUAUCUUCAAAGUUACCCAGAAUUGUUGAUCCAAAAUUUUGUAAAAAAGAACAUGUCAUUAAAUUAAGCUUUGAUCUAACACAACCUGGAAUCAUGAAUUACUUAAGUGAUGAUAUCAGGAUACAGAUCUACAUGCAUUUGAUGUGGUUUAGUUAUUUUGUUGUAUUCAUCAUUUUUGUGAUUUUGUUGUACUUCCUCAUCAAGAAAUCAGAUUAUCUGGAUAAAAAGGAACAAAGUGAAAGAUUUCUUUAGUUGAGAAAUUCUAAUUUAUAUUAUUGUUACUUUGAAAUAUUUAAUAUAGUGCAUUCUUACUUAGA